CGCAGAGUAGGUCGUCUGGGGUACGCGCACUGGAAAGUUUCAUCGUCACUAACGGCUGCGCGCAUCCAAGGGACAACAAUCACCGGGCUGAAAUCAACAGAGAGAAAUGGGUCAUCUAACAGUACUGUUCCUCUUGGCUCUUGUGGUCUCCAUUGUGGCCGAACGAGGUGGGGGUAAUAAAGGUGGAGUCAGCUGGGGCAAAACUGGUGGUAGCUCAAACAAAGGUGGAACCAGCACCGGAAACCGAGGCAGCAGCAGCAAAACUAAAGGCACCUCAUCAAAAGGGUCACACUCAUCCCCAGGAAACUACCCUCGCCAACCUCAAGUACCAAAUCAGAAUCCACCUGCCUACCCUGGCACAGGAGGCGGGUAUCCUAACCAAGGCCGUGGUGUCCCAGCGCAAGGCGGUGUCCCAGCGCAAGGCGGUUACCCAGCGCAAGGCAGUUACCCAGCGCAAGGCGGUGUCCCAGCGCAAGGCGGUGUCCCAGCACAAGGCCGAUACCCAGCGCAAGGCGGAUACCCAGCGCAAGCGGAGUACCCGGCGCAAGGCGGAUACCCGGCGCAAGGCGGAUACCCGGCGCAAGGCGGUUACCCGGCGCAAGGCCGUUACCCGGCGCAAGGCGGAUACCCGGCGCAAGGCGGUUACCCGGCGCAAGGCGGAUACCCGGCGCAAGGCGGUUACCCGGCACAAGGCGGUUACCCGGCGCAAGGCGGUUACCCGGCGCAAGGCCGAUACCCGGCACAAGGUGGAUACCCAGCGCAAGGUGGAUACCCAGGUGGAGGAUCAUAUCCAGGCACAGGUGGUUCUUACCCCAACAGGUACCCUGGACAAGCCGGAGGGCAAGGAAACCCCUACCCAGUUGGAGGCUCUUAUCCAGGGUAUCCAAGCCGAGGGGGUUCCUACCCUGGUGGGGGUGUGGCAGGAGCAGGUGCAAAUCCAGGUGCUGCCCAGUACCCUUACUGGAACCCCAAUAACAAAAUCAUGAGCCCAGGCUAUGGUGGCAACUACGGUGCUCAAGGGCACGGUUAUGGUGGUGGCAGAUCACCUUUUGCCCAGUCAGUGCAGAACAUGGGUAUGGCCCCUUCUUACAAAUCAAAGGGAUUUGGCAAGCAGGCAGUUAUGGCUGCUGGUGUCGGAGCGGUGGCCGGCAUGGCUCUGGGGUAUGGCCUUGGGAGUUUCCCCCGCCCCCGUUUUAAUUUCCACAGCCCGCAGGAGGAAUACUACUAUAAUAACUACAUGUAUAAACGUUAUGGCCAAACACCCUCUAACGGUAAUGUGAAUCAGAAUGAGAACACCAACCCUCAAGGUGGCAUGCCAGGUGAAUCUGGAUCAACCUCUGUGGGUCAAGGAAAGGGUAACCCUUAUGAUAUCUUCCAGAAUCCUCCACCUCAGUCCUAUGACAGCUUCAUGGACAAAUGUAUAAAGAGGACAGACUUGCUGCGAAAUGAAGGCAGAUCAAGAAGAUCCAUGGAUUUCUCUGUGCCUCAAGUUCCACCUGGUGUCGAAGAAAUUACAGCCAAAGAUGAUAGUACCAACGUUGCUCAAGAAAAUGCCACAAGCAACAGCAGUACCAUUGAAAGAGCAAUGUCAGAAACCAGUACAGAUGUCCCAUCGUUUGAAACCACAAAGCUGUCCGAAACACAGAGUCAACCUCAAAGACAGACUCAGGACAGUGCAGCAGAGGAAGCCAAGGAAGACGACGAUACCGUGAGCAUUAUGGAGAUUGGCUAUCCUGUUCUAAUUGAGCAAAUGAAGGCACGGCGUUGUGUUGAGCUGUAUAUGGUCUACGCAGAACAGCAUGCAGAAAAACAGAUGCAACAACGCAGUAACGUUGACAAUCAAAACAAAAGCGGCAGUGGUAACCUGCAUGGACUUCUUGGCCAUGGAGUCAUGCUACUCCUUACUAGUAUUCUGUCUGCUAUCUUCAGUUCCCUGUUACAUUGACAUUACUGACAUUCUGGAAAGGGUUGCAGGUGAAGCCAUUGAGGCAAAAGUGUGAAAAUAUGAAUGAGAAAUAUCGUGAACGCCCAUCAUAUUUUAUUUGAGGAAGUCAUCUUGAAUGUUUAUAGCAUAACAAAAUGGUACUCUUGUUUUGAGUUACUACUUGAAGAGUCAACUGAAAGUACUGACAAUUCUCACAAUGACUACAAUGGAUUGUUUCUCUUCCAGCAUGAGCCACCUUUGACAUUAUCAUUGUUGUUAAAGGAAUAUUCCGGGUUCAAUACAAGUUAAGCUAAAUCGACAGCAUUUGUGGCAUAAUGUUGAUUACCACAAAAAAUAAUUUCGACUUGUCCGUACUUUUCUUUAAAAAAGCAAAAAUUGAUGUUGCGGUGAGGCACUUACAAUGGAAGUGAAUGGGACCAAUUCUUUAAAGGGUUUAAAGGCAAAAAUGUGAAGCUUAUAAUUUUCAUAAAACCACAAUAAUUCUUCUAUUAAAACUUAUGUAUUAUUUAAGCUGUAAAGUUGUUAAAAUCAUAAUUUUUUACAGUCCUUUUUUUUUAAGGUUUGUUGACAUUACAUCAUCAUUUACAUUUACAUUUAUUCAUUUGGCAGACGCUUUUAUCCAAAGCGACUUACAAGAGAGGAAAACAUAAGCGAAUCAUCUUAGGAGACAGUGGUAUGAAAAGUGCUGUAUUACAAAGUAUCACUAGCAUCAUAAUAGUAUUCAAAACAGAAUAAAGUGCAACAGAAAUUAUUAUUAUUUUUUUUUUUAAUGACUGGUUAAGUGCUCAUGGAAAAGAUGAUGGCAAUGAAGUUGUAAAAUUGGAUAUAUCUUUAUUUUAUGAAACUAAAAUCAUGUUAUCACACAUAUUGUUUAUGUCUUGUGGCUAUACUUUUGAAAUGGUGAGUAUUUUAAUGUUUACAGUUUGGCCCCAUUGACUUCCAAUGUAAGUGCCUCAGUGUAACCCAGAUUUGUGCUUUUUUUAAAGAAAAGGGAAAUUCAAAAUUCAUUUUUGUGGCAAUCAAUAUUAUAUCACAAAUGCUUUCGAUUGAUCUCAACUUGUAUUGAACCCGGAUUAUUCCUUUAAACACAUUUCAUAAUUGUAACACUUUCCAAGAUUUGAAAAUGUUAGCAUACACUGCAUUUUCUUUUUCUGAAACAUUCCUAUUACUGGUACCACGCAUGUGAUUUUGUACACACUUUACUAACUUCCUUUCCAAGACAGCAUAUUGCAUGAAAGCUCUUUUAUCCCCACUUUAUACUAAAAGAUGCAUGGUAUUUGGGUAUCACCCAUUGUAUUCCACUGGCAACAGUUCUAGAGACAAACCAGCCAUUACUAUAAUUUUUGUAUGACAUGAGAAGGUGGUUUCCAGUUCUGUUCUCAUGACCACACUUCUACUUGUGUAGUACAUGUUGAAAAUCAUGUGUUAGUGAUUUUCCUUUUUAAUGUUUGAACUGAUAACUUACUGAUUAACUUUCUACUGACUCAAUUUUAUUUUUAUUAAGUUCUUAUAGUUUUUUAUAGUUUUUUCGUAGCUCUCCACUGUUUGUUUUAUUUAAGUUUUAGUUCAUCUGUGUGAUCAUAUCUGUUUGGUUUUAACUCAAUACAUAUGAUAAUAUAAAUAAACUGGUUCUAUGACAUAGGAACACAGUACAUUUAAUGCAUCUUGUUAUGCUCUACAAAGCUGUAGUGUCCUUGAGAUAAUGUAUCAUUUUUAUAUGAAGUUGGACAUUUAUCAAAAGCUUGUUGCUCUGAAAAAUAUUGUUAAAAACAGAUUAUCAACCCAGUUUAGCCAUUUACUAAAUCAUUUACCUAGAUGGACUGUGGCAACUCCUGGAUGAGCAGCAGAAGGCAAUGCUUAACACCUUAUUGUUACUCAUCCGCAUAUGUAAUGUUGUGCUUUUGAGAUGUUGUGAAUGUUUAAAGUGUUGAUAAUGUUACUAUCACUGAGAGUAAAACUAUUAUACACCUUAGUUGCUUGAUUGUCUCUUUGCAUUUUAUAUUUUAAAUGGAAGGUAUAUGACAAAACAUCAUACAUACAGUGCAUUCAGAAAUGUAUGCAGAUCCCUUCAUUUUUUCACAUUUUGUUAUGUUGCAGCCUUAUGCUAAAAUGCUUUAAAUUAUUUUUUCCACAUCAAUGUACACUCCAUACUCCAUAAUGACAAAGCAAAAAACAGAUUUUUAAUAUGUUUGCAAGUUUAUUAAAAAGACAAAAUUAAAUAUCACAUAAGUAUUCAGACCCUUUGCUAUGACACUUGAAAUUUAGCUCAGGUGCAUCCCAUUUCUCUGGAUCAUCUUUGAGAUGUAUCUACACUUUGAUUGGAGUAAACCUGUGGCAAAUUAAAUUGAUUGGACAUGAUCUGGAAAGGCACACACCUGUCUAUAUAAGGGCUCACAGCUGAAAAUGCAUAUCAGAGCAAAAACCAAGCCAUGAGGUCAAAGGAACUGCCUGCAGAGCUCAGAGACAGGAUUGUGUCGAGGCACAGAUCUGGGGAAGGCUACAAAACAUUUUCGGCUGUAUUGAAGGUUCUCAAGACCACAGUGGCCUCCAUAAUUUGGAACAACUAGGUCUCUUCCUAAAGCUGGCCACCUGGCCAAACUGAGCAAUCGGGGGAGAAGGGCCAUGGUAAGAGAGGUGACCAAGAACCCGAAGGUCACUCUGGUUCAGCUCUAGAGAUCAUGUGUGGAGAUGGGAGAAACUUGCAGAAGGACAACCAUCACUGCAACACUCCACCGAUCUGGGCUUUAUGGCAGAGUGGCCAGAUGGAAGACUCUCCUCAGUGCAAGACACAUACAAAAGCACCUGAAGGACUCUCAGACUGUGAGAAACCAGAUUCUCUAGUCUGAUGAAAUGAAGAUUUAACUUUUUGGCCUCAAUUCCAGGCGUCAUGUCUGGAUAAAACCAGGCACCGCUCAUCACCUGUGCAAUACCAUCCCAUCAGCAUCAUGCUGUGGGGUGUUUUUCAGUUGCAGGGACUGGGGGACUGGUCAGGGUUGAAGGAAAGCUGAAAGCAGCAAAAUACAGAGAUAUCCUUAAUGAAAACCUGGUCCAGAGUGCUCAGGACCUCAGACUGGGCUGAAGGUUCACCUUCCAGCAGGACAAUGACCAUAAGCACACAGCCAAGACAAUGCAAGAGUGGCUUAGGGACAACUCUGUGAAUGUCCUUGAGUGGCUUGAACCCAAUAGAACAUCUCUGGAGAGACCUGAAAAUGGCUGUCCACCAACAGUCCCCAUCCAACCUGACAGAGCUUGAGAGGACCUGCAGAGAACAAUAGCAGAAAAUCAGGUGUGCAAAGCUUGUCACAUCAUACCCAAGAAGACUUGAGGCUCUAAUUGCUGCCAAAGGUGUUUCAACUAAGUACUGAAUUAAGGGUCUGAAUACUUAUGUCAAUGUGAUAUUUCAGUUUUGUUUUUUGUUUUUUUAUAAAUUUGCAAAGUUAUCAAAAAUCUGGCUUUUGCUUUGUCAUUAUGGGGUAUGGAGUGUAGAUUGAUGUGAAAGAAAUAAUAAUUUAAAGCAUUUUAACAUAAGGGUGCAAUAUAAAAUGUGAAAAAAAUUAAGGGGUCUGAAUACUUUCUGAAUGCACUGUAUGACACUUCUCAGCGGCCGUUCACACGGAACAUGUUUUUGUAUCUGUCUGCACUGUUUUUCAAUUGUCCUUUGCCCACUUUACACUGCCCAUAUUUAAUGUACAUUUCUGCUGUACUGGUAGGCCACAGCGCAACAAAUGGAGUUUUAUAAACUAGGUUCGGGAGGAGCAAGGUCAUUUAAUCUGACCAAUCACAUCGCCAGAGUAAGCAUAUAUAAACAGCCGCUUACCUCUACGUGGCGUCGAGUCUUCUGGCAUUACGCCCCAUCCAUACUCGAAGAUGUCUUAGGAACUCCCCACAACAGCCCAUCGAACAUAGGAUCUCUCUGUCUCUCCCAACACCAUUCCUCAACUUCCACCAGUGAUUCAAGGCCACCAAGCUUCACCUUCGGAUACGUCUUCUCCUAGGCGCCGCCGCCGGAUUAUUUCUUCUCCCCCUCCCUCAAAAGCUUCACAUACCUCCUCAUCUAAUGCUUCUUCCAUGUCUGAUCACCAGUCCAUCCACAGUAUAGCAAAAUAGACUGUCAAUGGAUUUAGACACGCUCUUGCAGUCGCAGACAUCACAUACCCUCGGUGUGCAAACAAAGCUCAGCUCCAUGAUUUGCUAGCCGCCUCUAAACGCGGCGACUUACCCGCCCCUCCAACUUCUCCUCCACCUGCUUAACAUUCUAAAUUGACAGUCCUCCAGCAAAAAUCUACAGAAAUCCAUGGAAAUCUGACACAGCCAUCCAGCUCCAGCGGAUGACCCCAAACACUAAGAGAAACACCUGUAAUGAGUACAAGGGUUAGUGUGAUAAUAUAGUGCCAUCUAAAAAACAUACAAAAAUGUCAAAAGUACUUUUGUGCAAUUUAUUUAUUUGUACAUAUAUUUACAAGACUACUGUAGCAUUUCUCAGUUUUUAUUUUACAUAAAGCAAUUUGUUACAUUUAUACAUUUAAAGUAAGCAUACUUAGUGACCCAGAGGCAUUUGGCCCACCACUUUUAAAUCUUUGACUGUUUGAGCUUGUGUUAAUGGCGACACUAACAAUGUGGUGCUGUCCAGAGUGCUGAAGUGUUGUUACCAAAUAUAUGAGCAGAUCUUAUCAUUUUGAACAAUUAAUUCAUUGUUGUACCAUAAAUGCACCCCUUUUCGUGCAAAAAUAAAUAAAUCAAAUUUAAAAAUCAAA